AUGGUCAAUAUUACGCAUGUUAAUCUUUUGACGCUGGCGACGAGCAUUCCGUAUGCUAAUGAGUUGUAUGCUAUUGCUAAUGCGUCGACGGAGCAUGUUUCGUUCUUGUCGUAUAAUGAUACCUUCGUCAACGAUAUCCUAGGAGCCAAUGUUUCUCAGCAAUUGGUCCUGAGCGAAAACUAUCAAGCUUUUCACGAAGCGGGCGUUUUUAAUCGUCUUGAUGUUGACAACUUGACCGCCAAGGCCAAGUCCUAUGAUCAUGUUCAACUUUUGUUGAUCGAGCACAUGAACGAGAGUCACUCUCCACAGGGCCGGACUCACAUCUUCGAUGGCCAUGAUCGACUUGAUGGUCAGGAUCAACUUGCAUUAAACUUGACCGACUCUCACAAGUUGGAAUCCUCGGGACCAACGCACUUCAUGACCAAGAUCAAGUUCGACUACUGA